AUGGCUGCAAAAGUGUUUCCGAUGCCUCCGAAGCCAAAGCAGUCCUUUAUACUGAGAGUUCCUCCAAACUCCAAGCUAGGCCAAGACCUACUUCAAGAUGCUACUAACAGGCCCAAGACCAUCCACCAGCUGGUUCUGGAGCACUUCCUCACCUUCUUGCCCAAGCCCGGACUAGCCCAGCCCAAUCAGAAUGCCAAAGAGACCUUGGUUAUCAUGAAAGAUGUGAGCUCAAACUUUCAGAACAGCGUGCAACCUGGUCCCCAAGUGAAGCUUCUGACUAGAGAAGGAAUCCAGCAGGGUCAGGAGACAGUAUCUUUGUGCUUGAAAGCUGAUUCUAAGGAUCUGGUGGUUUUUGAGGACUUGAAUGUAUUUCACUCCCAAGAAGAAUGUGUGAGCCUGGAUCCUAUGCAGGAGCCCUCCUCAGAGAAGGAAGAAGACAGUAUUGGGGAGAUGCUGUUAAUGGCCAAUGGCAAUAAUCCUGAGGGUGAAGAUUAUAGAGAAGAUUCUUCAGAUUGUGAUGAAAUGGAUUGUUCUGUGGUCUCUGAGCAAUCUCCAGAUUGCCAUAAAGAAAAAAUAAUAAAUACAUCCAUUCCAAAUGAAAGGAAAGUGAGAAAUCUUUUAAUUACCAUUGAAAAUGAUACUCCACUAGAAGACCUCUCAAAAUUUGUGGAUGUCAAUAUUAUUGCGCUUAACCGAAAUCGGAGAUCAAGAAGAUGGUACACUUGUCCACUGUGUGGGAGACAGUUUAAUGAAAGUUCUUACCUUAUUUCCCAUCAGAGGACUCAUACUGGAGAAAAACCCUAUGACUGUAGUCACUGUGGGAAAAGCUUCAAUCAUAAAACAAACCUUAAUAAACACGAGCGAAUCCAUACAGGAGAGAAACCUUAUUCAUGUUCAAAAUGUGGGAAAAAUUUUCGUCAAAAUUCUCAUCGUAGUCGCCAUGAAGGAAUCCAUCUAAGGAAGAAGGUAUUUAAAUGUCCAGAAUGUGGGAAAACCUUCCCAGAGAACAAAGAAUUUGUGCUUCAUCUGCAGAGUCAUGUGGCUGAGAGGCCAUAUGGUUGCAAAAAAUGUGGGAGAAGAUUUGGUCGGCUGUCAAACUGUACACGGCAUGAGAAAACCCACUCAGCAUGUAAGACCCGAAAGCAGAAGUGUGAUCGGGAAAGGUCUGAUGGUCCUGCCUCAACAUGA